AUGCAGGAGUAUAAAAGCAAGAGCAGUGUCGGUUACGCGCACAGUGAAAUCAGUGAGUGAGCUCGUGUGGACUCAGAUGCAGACACAGGAAACACUGAACCGGCACAACGCCGCUCCUGCACUCAUUGUCAAAGACAGUGUGCUUAUAAAGAAAAGAAAAGCUCAAUGGCUGAUCUCAGGGAUGUUAUGUCUGUCAUUGGUCAUUGCUGUGUUGGGAAUCUACACCAGUACACGGACAGAGAGUGUCAGUGUCACAGGAUACACAUCAGGAAUUAUUUUGGCAUUUGGAUCGUUCUUGGGUAUUCUUGGACUAUGCCUGGAGGAAAACAGCAAAAAGCUGCUUGUUGCAGCCAUUGUGUUCCUGAGUUUUGGUAUCAUUUCUAGCUUCCUGUGUCUUGUAGUAGAUGGUGUUUUCAUCCUACUGAACAUUGACAUGCGUCCAAUGAAGGCAGGAAGAUGUCAGUUUUACGCCAGUGGAAACAGUUACAUCUAUGAGAAUUACUAUGCAACAGUUCCUUGUCAGGGACUAACAGAGACCUGCAGUAUGAAUGUCCGUAGUGGGACAUGUUACUGUUGUGACUUGUACGAUUGUGCAAAUGGAGGAUAUCUGAACAAUUACUAUGAGUUUGUUGGUGUGCAGAGCUGUCAGGACGUCCUGUCUCUGUAUGUUCUCCUCUGGGUCCUGACUACCCUCAAUCUGUUGGCCUUUGUGUCUGGAAUCCUGACCACUGCUGUGUUGGGUAGUGUUAAAGACAUGGGUGUCCCGGCAUUCAAUACACAACAUGCAAAGCAUUCAAAACAGAGAAGUCUGGGUGUCUGUCCCGAUGUGCCCCAGUGGGGUGGUUCAUCUUUAUCAUCAUUUAAACGAGGCAACUGUUCCUCACCCACUGCACCUCUGCUAAUGAACCCCAGUUCAAACAGUGGACAGCAGCUUUACCCGACGGCUUUACUCAGUGUUUCACCUGCAGCAGGAGUAGCUGAUGUUUCUCAGACAGGACUUUCUGAUGGAUCCCACACACAACCCAACCCACCUCCCUCUGCCCCACUUUACAACCUCCUACCCUAUAAGACCUCCAGCUUCGCCUAGAGAACAUCUGUCUGCCAGUCUGUGCUUCAGAUGCAAACCAUACCUACAGAAAUGAGACUGGAUUUUCCUUAAGGACAACAUGAACUCAUGACUGCUUUUUAUAAUACACGUUUCUUAAAGGAAUAGUCUACUCAUUUUCAAUAUUAAAAUAUGUUAUUACCUUAACUAAGAAUUGUUGAUACAU